AUGGUGUGUAAAAACAAUGUCGCACUCCAUGGAGACACCGUCAUAGUUUGGUUCCUGAAAAAGACUGACCUCUUUGUCUCCUGCAUUUUAGGACAGACGAACCCGGUGCGGGGAAUGAAGGAUAGGUUUGGAGACGAGAACAGGAGAUUCCAAUGGAUUAACGACAAGGGCACAAAGAUUGCAAGCCUCUACGGAUUCGACCAGGUAACGACGCCCAUUCUGGAAUACUCCCAAGUCUUUGAGAGGACCUUGGGCGACUCCUCGGAUGUGGUCGGCAAGGAGCUGUACAGUUUCGAGGACAAGGGGGGUUCACGCCUGACGAUGCGUCCCGAGGGCACAGCCGGAAUUACACGUGCCUUGAUCAGCCAGAAGCUGUACAAUGAUCUGCCACAAAAGUUUUAUUACUCAGGACCCAUGUUCCGACACGAGAGGCCUCAAAAGGGUCGCCUGCGCCAGUUCGAGCAAUUCGGUAUUGAGGUGUACGGACAGAGCCAUCCCUCCUCGGAUGUGGAGACCAUUGAACUCGCCUCAGUGUUCUUGAAAAGCUUGGGUAUCAAUUCAGCAUCUCUCGAGAUCAACACGCUGGGAGACAAUGCGUCUCGUCACAGCUACAGGACAGCAUUGACGGAGUACCUCUCAAAGUACACCGACAAACUCUCAGAGGAUAGCGUCAACAGAUUGUCAUCAAACCCGUUGAGGAUCUUGGAUUCGAAAUCACCCCAGGACAUCUCAAUUCUCGAGAAUAGCCCAGUCCUCUCGGAUUAUCUCAGCGACGCCUCCAAGGAGCGGUUCGCAUUCAUCACUAGAACAUUGGAGCACAUGAACAUCCCCUUCACCAUCAACCAACGUCUGGUCCGAGGACUGGACUACUACCAGGACACGGUCUUUGAGUUCAAGGUCACAAGUCCAUUGCUUGGCGCACAACAGGGCACAGUUUUGGCCGGAGGACGGUACGAUGGUCUUGUCGAGAAAAUGGGCGGACCCGUGGGCGUGCCAUCGAUCGGAUGGGCCGCAGGAUUGGAGCGACUGAGCCUCCUGGUCGAAGACGACAAUAUCCCCUCGUCUGCUCGACCCAUUGCGAUUAUUCCUGUCCCUGGUCGUCCUGUUAGUACUAGUUCUGAUUUCUCCGCGGAACUUAAGGUUCACAAGAAUACACCGUCGAUCAUGGCGUUGCACAGCCAUGCUAUGUCUGUGGGCGCGGCAUUGAGGGCAAAGGGUCUGCGCGUCGAAUUUAUGCAUUUGACGGGCAGUUCGAGCUCCAAAUCCCAAUUACCCAAGCAAUUGGCGAGGGCUAGUAAGAUGAAUGCUAGCCAUGCGAUCUUGAUUGGUACGGAUGAGAUGCAGAAGGGUGUUGUGACGCUCAAGGACCUUGACAAGACUGAGCAACAAAGUUGUCCCGUUGAUGACCUCGUGCGCGCUCUUUCAGCGCAAUGA